UAUUUAACAAGUAUAUCUGCUGAGCUAGGUAGUGAAUGGUGGCGUGGGUUAGGGCAUGACAUCGUCCGCACAUCCUCCCCAACCUGUGGCUGUUUCGAAAGAUUCCAUCUCCACUCUAGCUCCGGAACACCCUCCAGCAGCUGCAGACAACACCACCAACCGUCCUCCUCCUCCCCAACCUCCUAUCAGAAAUGCAGUCCACCUCUCCUCUCAGGUGUCACAUCCUCCUCCCCCUCUUCCUAUGAGUAACCCUCCUCCUCCUCCUCCUCCUUCUUCUAAACUGGAGGAGAUCCAGUGUAUGAGCCAGUAUGAUAGCAGGUUGUUUGGGUUCCUGAGGAUACACUCUAGCCCGGGUCCUGAGGAGGGGAGUCAGGAACACAAAGAGGCUGAGGAAGAGAGAGUUUACUUGACUCAGGCUACAUCGCAGCUGAACAAGCUCCUUCACUCAACUUAUGAUAAUCCUGACCUCUUCUGUCAGCUCGGACAUUUUCACUUACUUUUAGAGGAUUACGACAAAGCGAUGUCAGCGUACCAGGAGUAUAUAACACUUCACCCUGAACACUGGAAGAACGCCGCCUUCCUGUACGGACUGGGUCUUGUUUACUUCCACUUCAACGCCUUUCAAUGGGCAACAAAAGCACUGCAGCAAGUCCUGUAUAUUGAUCCAGGAUUCAGUCGCAAGAACGAAGUCCACAUCAGGCUUGCUAUCAUGUUUAAAAACAAGAACGACUUUAAUGCUGCACUGAAGCACUUCCACCUCGCCCUCCUGGAUACUGCACCCAGCUCUCUAAGUCCUCUUGAGAUCCGCUUCCACAUCGGCCAUUUAUACGAGGUUCAGGGAAAGUUCAACCUGGCUAAAGAUAUGUACGAAACCAUUCUUUCUACGGAGAGUGUCCCGUCCAAGGUUCGAGCCAGCACACUAAGGCAGCUAGGCUGGCUAUACCAUUCCAGUAUCUCCAGUACCAUCGACAUUCACCGGAUACAGAAAGCAGAACCUCUCCUGCUGGAAUCUGUACAAACUGAUCCCAGCAAUGGCCAGAGUUGGUAUUUUCUGGGGAGAUGUUAUUCAGCACAGAACAAAGUGAAUGAAGCGUUUUUAGCGUACAGACAGAGUAUUGAUAGACUGGAUCGUAAUGCAGAUACUUGGUGUUCCAUCGGAGUUUUGUACCAGCAUCAGCACCAGCCCAUGGAUGCACUGCAGGCGUACAUUUGCGCGGUGCAGAUUGAUUCUCAGCACAGUGCCGCCUGGACUAACUUAGGUAUAUUGUACGAACAGAACCUGCAACCGGCUGAUGCAAUGGUUUGCUACAAGAAGGCAGUGGAGCUCAGUAGGAAUCUAGAUGGGGAGGGAUACUACGAUCCUAUUGCUAAACUACAGGCUCGCAUAAAGGCGAUAUCACGCCAGCUGAACAGCAAAUCAGGAACAGGAGCAGCUCAACACAGCAGUCUGCCCCAGAUACAGGAGGCCUGGAGACUACCCAUACCCGCUCAGCUCACUAGCAAGAAGGAGACUAAGAAUGACAGCAAAUUUUCUCAACAAAAAGAGGAGAAGAUGGAUACUAGCGAUGGUAAUUCAACUGAUAAUAAACUCGACAAGAAACCUGAAGUUCCGACUCAUUGGGCAGCAAAGAUACCGUCAGAGGCCAGUGAUAUGAAGCAAGUAUACAACGCCCCACCCUCUCCUCCUCCCCGCCCUCCUCCUCCUGCCACACUCAACCCUACCACACCCUCAAUCAGAGUUCCCACGCGGGAAGACGCAUUCUCCAAAACACUCCGGGACCUGUGUGUGGAAUCCCAACAACCAGUCAUUGUCAUCAAAGGACUUUGCAAAGUCCUGGGACUGGACUUGACCAUGUUUAACACACGGACUUUGUUGAACAGUAACCCUGACCACCCGGUGGAAGUGAGGACACAGUGGCAGCAGUCUCCCGACGAGAAUUGGGAUGUUCAGAACGGGCAGGGAAGAAAGAAGCAGUGGCUGUGUGAAAGUACACGUUCCCACUCAACGAUAACAAAAUAUGCUCAAUACCAAGCUAGCACUUUUAGAGAAUUCCUACAGGAAGAACAAGACAGAUCAGGCAAUGACAAGCACGAAGACUUAGCCAGCGUUAAAAGACGUGGACCGAAGCGGUUCACUAAUUUCAAGAUGAUACAGUUCGGUACAAAUGUUGACUUAUCGGAUAAGAAAAAGUGGGGAGCACAGAUUGCAGAACUGGAAAAGCUACCACCGUUCUGCAGAGUGAAAAGCAGCUCAAAUAUGCUAAGUUACAUGGGACAUAAAAUUCUAGGAAUGAACACCAUCCAACUCUACAUGAAGGUACCGGGAUCCCGCACUCCAGGCCACCAGGAAAAUAACAAUAUGUCAGCCUUGAACCUGAAUAUCGGACCCGGUGACUGCGAAUGGUUUGUGGUUCCUCAGGAGUAUUGGGGAGUGUUUCAUGAGAUCUGUGAGAGAAACAAGAUAAACUAUCUUACAGGAUCUUGGUGGCCGCUGAUUGAAGACUUACACAAGGAGAAUAUACCGUUCUAUCGGUUCUUCCAAAGACCGGAGGAUUUGGUUUGGAUUAACGCUGGGGCUAUUCAUUGGGUUCAAGCGAAGGGAUGGUGCAACAACAUUGCAUGGAACACAGGUCCUAUGACGCACCAACAAUAUGUGAAAGCUUACGAAAGAUAUGAAUGGAAUAAAUUGAAAGCAGUUAAAAGUAUCGUACCAAUGAAUCAUCUAAGUUGGAAUAUGGCAAGAUUUGCAAAGAUUUACGAUAGUCAGCUAGUAGCACAGAUCAGACAUUGUCUAGAGGGUACUCUCAACACCUGCAAAACAAUCAAAGAAAAACUUACAAAAGAAGGUAUAGAAAUCCAGUUCCACGGACGAGAGAAAGAAGAAUGGACCCACUACUGUGAGAUCUGCGAGGUUGAGGUUUUCAACAUCCUCUUUGUGGAGAAUCGCAAGGUUCAUUGUCAGAAUUGUGCCAGGAGCUCAAGCAAAACACUUGACGGAUUCGUUGUUCUUGAGGAGUACAAAAACGAAGAACUUGAAACCUGCUUACAGAAAUUCAAACUAGCUGAACGACCUCCAGAAGCCAACGCCUUGGAAGACUAUAACGUGGAUAUAUCUAAAUUACCCCCAUCCCUGAGAUACCUUUAGUUGAAUAGGACUUCAGAAAGAUAUGAUCAUGAAUAUUCUAGGAUAUCUAGGAUCUCAUAUUUGUGGUAGGCAUGUUGUUGAUUUUAGGUUAAACUUAAAGCACCAUGUUCCAUAUGGUUGAUAGAAGUUUUGACGGUGGCUCUGCCAUUAUUAUAUACCCGUGUUUAAGUAAAAUUUGGCCCUCUACUUUUCUAAGUACACGUAUUUUUAAGAUUAAUAUUAUAUCGUAUUAUAUAUUUAAAGUCUCGAAUUCUGUGACUCCAACUUGAAAACACACUUAAUCACCAAGUUGUAUGCUUUUAUUAUAAUUUUAGGUCUAUUUUUGAAGCAUGAUAAAGUUGGGAGGAUGGCAAAAAUGACUCCUUCAUAAUUGAUCAAUUUCAAUAUGCAAAAUUAGACUCUUUAUCGUACUCCUUAAUAUCGGUGCAUCAUUUGAUGAUUAAAAGUAUUGUAUUUCUAAACCUUAUUUUCGUUUACUUAAUAAAUAUUAUCUUAAGUAUUUUGAGUUUGUAUCAAUUAGGUUGUAUUGAUCGUUUUACGAUAUUUAUAAUAUGUAUUAAGUAUUAAGAGUGUUAGUUUUAAGUAUAUUAAAUACAAAUAACUUAACCUUGGCAUGGAAUUUGAGUUUGUAAAUUUUCUGAGAAUUGUAGCAUAUUGUUUUGGAAUUAGUACAUAUUUUACAGCAUAAGUUUUUCUUGAUGAGUUUUUCGAUGAUUACCGUACCGUGUUAGAUAUAUAUUAUUUUGUACACACACACAACUUAUCCAGUAAUAGUUACAUUUUGCUUACAUGAAAGAUGGCACAAGUUUAUUAAGUUGAACAUUAAAUGAAACAGGAAAUAUUAAUUAUUUUAUUUUGAUUAGGAAUAUGUAUUUGUCCAUGAGACCUAGAAGGUCUAACUUGUCAGUGAUUUUAUUUAAUUUUGAUUGAUGAGCUCUAGAUUUAAUAAGUUAUCUUUAAGUCGUAUAGGUUCUGUGCUCUAGGGUUCGCAAAGGUAUGCCAGUAUAUUAGGCUCCUUAAUUAAUCUUGAUAUGUUACCGUAACGCAUUGAUUUUAGUAUCCAUUGAAAUUAACGUAAUGAUGGUCUUGAAUUAUUGGGUUUAAUGUAGAUUGAUGUUUUGGUUAUUUGUUGUUGGAUGAAAGUGAUAUUGCGAGAGAUUCAGACGGCUGGAAAUGGUAUUGAGUGCUUGGUAUUGAGUGUGUCAGUUUAAGGGAUUCGUCCCUUUCUUUUUUCUCUGCAGCAUUUUAUUAAUAGAUGAGCUUAUACUUAACAUCUCACAUAGUCUCUUUUAAACUGUUAUCUACUAUCCAAUGAA